AUGCAAAUGUUCUCACUAUGCCUUGAUAAAAUAAGCUUAUAUAUUCCAUACAUGCCGCAAAUGCAAUUUUUGUUAAUAAAUCAUUAUUCGUCACUUCAGGAUUUGCGUAAACAAACCUCGAAGUCGAAGGCCGUCUAUGAGAGGGAAGACAAAUAUGGUGCUCACAACUAUCAUCCAUUGGAGGUAGCCUUAUGCAAGGGCGAUGGUGCAUACGUCUGGGAUGUGGAUGGAAACCGAUACAUCGACUUUCUGAGUGCUUACAGUGCUGUGAGCCAAGGCCAUUGUCACCCAAAAGUCAUUGAAGCACUAAUUGAACAAGCCAAGAAACUUACUCUCACUUCCAGAGCCUUUUACAACGAGGUUUUGGGCGAGUAUGAAAGCUACAUCACCAAGCUGUUCGGUUAUGACAAGGUUUUGCCUAUGAACACAGGCAAGUCUUUGAUAAUUUUAAUCUAUUUUUAUAUGAUGAUUGAGAAUCCCAUGAGCGUCGAAGGUGGAGAAACUGCGCUUAAACUGGCCCGCAAAUGGGCCUACAAGGUGAAAGGUGUCCCUCAAAACCAAGCAAGAGUCAUUUUUGCUGAGCAAAAUUUCUGGGGUCGAACCCUCGCUGCUUGUUCUUCUUCAACUGAUCCCAGUUGUUAUGGCGAUUAUGGACCAUUCAUGCCGGGCUUUGAUAUCGUACCUUACGAUGAUAUUCAAGCGCUAGAGGAAAAAUUGAAGAAUCCCAACACAUGCGCAUUUAUGGUAGAACCAAUUCAGGGCGAGGCUGGUGUACGUGUACCUUCUGAUGGCUACCUUAAAAAGGUCAGAGAGCUGUGCACAAAAUACAACUGCCUCUUUAUUGCUGACGAGGUGCAAACUGGUCUCGCUCGCACGGGCCGACGACUUUGUUGUGACCACGAAAACGUGAAGCCGGAUAUUGUCAUUCUGGGCAAGGCUCUUUCUGGCGGCGUCCUUCCUGUAUCCGCGGUGCUCGCUAAUGACGAGAUCAUGCUUACGAUUAAACCAGGCGAGCAUGGAUCAACGUUUGGUGGAAAUCCUCUCGCCUGCAAGGUUGCAAUGGCCGCUCUUCAGGUUAUGGAAGAAGAAAAUCUUGCGGAGAAUGCGCAAAAAAUGGGCAAGAUAUUUCGCGAGUCAAUGGCCGACCUGCCCAAGUCUGUUGUCCCUUGUGUCCGUGGAAAAGGCCUGUUGAACGCCCUUGUUAUCGAUCCAGCCUACAAUGCCAUGGAAAUGUGUCUUAAGCUUCGUGAUUGUGGCAUUCUCGCGAAGCCGACACAUGACUAUAUUAUUCGAUUUGCGCCGCCUCUGGUUAUAACCGAAGAACAGAUGCGCCAGGCAUGUGCAACUAUUCACAGGGUUAUUAAAAGCUACGCUUAA